UUCAAAUCAUAACUAAAGAGAAGUGCUUUCUUCCACAUUUCCUAAUUUGGGACAAUGUUGUAUCUUUGGAUGGAUUGACAUUGCACAUUAAGUUUAGGGGUAAACCCUGAAAGGUGUCAGCUUCACCCCUCCCCUGCCCCCAUUUGCGCCAUGAGACGUUCCAGUACUGAUGAAUCUACUUACCACCGCAGUCCAUCCUUGGACAGCAAAGACUACUCUUUGCCCCAGGGUGGAGCAUUUCGGCGCUACAGCAGCCUAUACGGGGGCCAGUUUGGGGCAGCAGCGAGUGGUUCUUUUUUUGGGUUCCACACCAAUCCAGGCCCCAAGGCCACUAAAUCUAAGUACACAUCUCCUAAAGGCAACAAGUAUGUGGUGUUUUACCUGGAUCUCUCCUUCAUUUUUCUCCUAGAGCUGAAGAGGUGCAGAAUGGCUCAGAACUGCCUGCAGUGCAUGAAAUAUCUCAUGUUCGUCUUCAACCUGCUGUUCUGGCUUGGAGGAUGUGGCAUUCUGGGAGUUGGUAUCUGGUUGGCAGUCACACAGGGUAACUUUGCCACACUGUCCUCUUCCUUCCCAUCGCUAUCUGCUGCCAAUAUACUUAUAGCUACCGGAACAAUUGUGAUGAUUGUGGGCUUUCUGGGCUGCAUUGGAGCUAUCAAGGAGAACAAGUACCUUCUACUGAGCUUCUUCAUCCUGUUGCUGAUUAUCUUCCUCCUGGAAUUAAUCGUGGUCACACUUUUCUUUAUUUACACAGACAAUAUUGACAGAUAUGCUCAGCAGGACCUCAAGAAGGGUCUUCAUUUGUACGGGACAGAUGGCAACAUUGGACUCACUAAUGCAUGGAGCAUCAUUCAGACAGAUUUUCGAUGCUGUGGGGUGGCGAAUUACACAGACUGGUUUGAGGUGUAUAAUGCCACGCGUGUCCCUGACUCCUGCUGCCUGGAAUUCAGUGAGAACUGUGGUUUGCACUCUCCGGGUACCUGGUGGAAAGCGCCCUGCUAUGAAACUGUAAAAAUUUGGCUCCAUGAAAACCUCCUGGCCGUUGGGAUUUUUGGUCUCUGCACUGCACUUGUUCAGAUCCUCGGACUUACCUUUGCCAUGACUAUGUACUGCCAGAUGGCAAAAACAGACACAUAUUAUGCCUGAGCAACACCUCCACUGCUCUCUUUCUGGAGAUGCAUGUGGGGGGGAAACGAUAGACAUCUGAUCUUCCUUUGUUCUGUUCUUCCUCCUCUAAUUCUGGCUAAUGUCUCCGACAUACAAGGAUCCUCUCAAGCAUUGCACCUUUUUCCCCCCAUGGAUGACGUAUUGGCAGAGAGUAGAAUAUGAUUACACAGAACACAACAGGUCCAGGCUUAAGGUGAGGCACAUAACAGUAUUAUGGAUGGGAAAGGUCAAAUCUAACGUGGACCCAGUGAUGAACAAGUGGGCUGUUGGUUAAGUCUUGGAGAAAAUGUUUUUUAUGCAUCCUGGACCCUACGUACUGAGAGCAUUGACAGCUUACUCAUGACCGAUACCCCGUCUGCUUCUAUUUUACCAACACUUAAGAAGAGGUUUGUUUUUCUGGACUCAGCCGCUUAUCUAUGUCAGAAAUGAAGAGGAGGUAUCAACAGUACAAUAUAUUACUUCCCCUUCAGUUACCCAGACUAACUACAAACAAUGCUGUAAUUUGUUACAGUACUUAAUGUGACUUCUGCACCCUCAACCACAUCAGAUCUAAUGGACAGCCAAUCAAAGCACUAAAAGGACCAAAAAACUGUUGUGUUUGCACCAUAAUCACUCUACUUAGACUUGUGUAGAUUAUAUAGCUCACUUACAUUAACAUUUGUACAGUUCUCCAGCCUUUCUUAUACAAUAUUAAGAAGAUUUUUUUUAAAUUAGCGCUGCGGAAUCUGUUGGCGCUCUACAAAUAACCGAUAAUAAUAAAAUUAAAUCCAAAAAAAAAAAGCCAAAAAACAAACACGUGAAUUCUUUUUUUAGAUCGAAGAGAUUAUGUGUACACGUUUUAAAGUAACUUUCCAACCUCUAGAGAGAGCCUGCCAUAUUCUAAGUAUACAGUACUUCCAGACCUUGUGCACACAGGUGACAUGUUAAUACUCAGUGUUUCUGCAGUGUAAGAGUGAUCUUGUAUUGCAAAAAAAAUCAAUUCCAUUCUACUUAGCCAGUGAAUUAUUUAACAUCAAUAAUAGAUGUAAUGACUGUAAUAGGUCCAUUUUCUGUAAACAGUUAUUUUUCAAGUACUCUGAGCUAUGAAGCUGUUGGAAAACAUCACAGCCUGGGAAUGCCCAGUACAUUGUACUGAAGGAUUAUGGGUAAACCUGCAUGAGUUGUUACCCACCAAAAUAACAGAAAUUGUAGCUCCAAGCAGCUCAGUGCUUUAAAAAUAAUAUUUUUUAAAUAAAUAAAAAAAAUGCAUUACUUAAUAAUAUUAAGGAUGACUGAUUUAUUUGCUAAAGUAAAUAUUAAUGGUGUUUUUUUAAGGAAAGAUUUACUAUUUUUCCAUAUUACAUCCAAUGGGGCAGUUCUGUCAUUUGCAAGGCACUGUGUUCCUGCUCUUGUAGAAAAACUCAAAUUAAAGGACAAUACAGUAGAAUUGAAUAAUUGACAAAUACACAAUAAAACUACAUUGCAAUAGCGCUUACUUGGAAUUUGAAAUGAGCAGUGGAAUAUUUUCUAGAAAAUGUCAAAAUGUCAAAGCUAAUCCAAUUUCCCUCCCCUGUAUCAUGUAAGAGCCAUCAGCCAAUCACAAAAUGCAUAUAUGUUUAUACUGUGCACUUUUGCACAUGCUCAGUAGCAGUUGGAGCCUCAGAAAGGUGCAUAUAAAAAGAAUGUGUUGCUAAUGAAA